CAUUGUCGCACACGAUCGCAGGCAUGAGGAGUGCGAUAGCGAUAUUGUCGCUGGUAGCCGCUAUUGCGGCAGAGGCGCCGUAUCAUCUGCCGCGGCCAGGAGCAAACGCGCCGUCACUCAACUAUCCUAUAAGACCUGCACCGCCGCCGCCACCACCGCCGCCACCACCACCGCCACCGCCGCCACCACCACCACCACCACCACCGCCACCGCCACCGCCACGACCUUAUAAUCCUCCACCGCCACUGCCUCAAUACCCGCAACCUCCACAAUACUAUCCACCUCCAUCACAAUAUCCCAUUCCACAACCGCCCCCACCUCCGGCACAUCAACAUCAUCAUCAUCCACCUCCUCCGCCGCCACAACCUCAGCCGGUACCGAAUCCUCAAGACGGCUACCACUAUCAACAACCAAAUAUAGCCCCGGCAUUCGUACAGCCUGUGGCUCAACCUCUAGUUCAACCACAACCACAACCGCAGCCGAUUUACCAACAACCACAACCGCAGCCGAUUUACCAACAACCAGCUCCGGCACCGGCACCAACUCAACCAGUAUACAGUCCGCCUGCACCUCAACCAGCAUAUCGUCCGCCUUCUUAUCAACCUCCCGCUCCUCGACCUGUUUAUAACCAACCCGCCCCUCCAGUACAACCAAUUAGCUAUCCACAGCCCAUUCAAUACCGACAACCGAAUCCACAGUACCAAUUGCCCCAACAGCCUGCUCUACCCAGACCAGCUCCCUCCCCUCCUGUCAACCCAGCUCCGCAACCUCAACCAAUUCCAAUCCAACCGUAUCAAUCGAACCAAUAUCAACAGCAACAGUCAGGCUAUUCUUACCAACAGCCACAGUUCGCAGAACAACAAAACCAGGUGACCUCACAAUUGCCCCUCGAAACUCAACCUAGUGGCAGCGGCGGCUCACAAGUUUUGUCCAGCUACCAGGCCGAUUCAAACCAAUAUAGCAGCGCUCAAAGCCAAGAGCAGAUACAUCGAGAUGCUCUGGACUCAGUGGUUGUUGGUCGUGUCCAAAAUAUAAUCAAAGAGGACGAACAUAAUUCCGCAAGGAACGCAGGUUAUCUUUCUCUGGUGUCCGGCGUGUCAUUAGAGAGUGCAAAGCCGAGCAUCGAAAUUCUGUCUUUUGCUCACACCUCAGGACAGAAUGCUCAAAGUUCAGGCUCCUCCUUCGCUCAGUCGUCGUCUUCAUCAUCCUCAGCAGUAUCUCAAGACUAUGGACUCCCGCUGGCUACGGACAGCCAGUCCUCGAAUCAAUUUGUUCAAUCAAAUACAAACGUCGGAUUUUUGCCCGACACUAAGCCGGCAACGUCGUACGGCCCACCUAAUUAAGAGUUUUAAUACACAAUUCAGAUGUCACUGAAUUGUACAUAAUUGUAAAUAUUUUUUUUUCUAAAUUUGUAAAUAAAAAAAUCCACAGAGAUAAUU